AUGGGCUCUUUUACUCAAGAUAUGGAGCGUCAUCUCUUAGAGGUCGACCGAUCUAGGCUCGAUCUUAUAGAUGACGCGACCUCUUCCGCGCCCCGUGGUAAGGUCAACAAUGAGGUCGGCAGACCCUCCGCAGUACCGCAGGAACGCGAAGAGGCUUCGGGACAGUCAGAUCUGGACGGCUCUGAAGACGCCGACGACUCCGAAGACCUCUGCCCUCUGAAAAAUGAGGUCAGCUCGUUCGCUCCUCUAGUGAAUGAUGAAGGCGCCGACUCUCCCGGGCCAGGUCUGGGUCGUUACAUUGAGUUGGAGCCUAAAGAUAGAAGAUGCGACGAGAGCGCGGCCUACCGGCCGACAUAG